AUGACGUUGAUUGUCCUGUGGAGACCGAUCCAGCAGGAGCCGGCCGGGCCAUGGUGCAUCUGUAGGACGGACGGACGGACGGACGGACGUUGGAGGUGCAGCCGGGCCCCCGCCACCUCUCACCCCCACGGUCGAGGCCGGGCCGGUCCCGUCCCCCCGCAGCCGGGAGAAGCAGGAGCGGAGCCGUCCGGCGGCGGAGACGGCGGCCCCCGCACCGGGUCGGUGAACAUGGACGAGCUGAAGCACCAGGUGAUGAUCAAUCAGUUCGUGCUCACCGCCGGCUGCGCCGCCGACCAGGCCAAGCAGCUCCUCCAGGCCGCGCACUGGCAGUUCGAGACGGCCCUCAGCGCUUUUUUCCAAGAAACAAAUAUCCCUUACAACAGCCACCACCACCAUCAGAUGAUGUGCACUCCUGCCAACACCCCAGCCACCCCUCCCAAUUUCCCCGACGCCCUCACCAUGUUCUCCCGGCUCAAAGCCUCGGAGAGCUUCCACAGCAGCAGCCCCGUGGCUUCCAUGGCGACGUCCCCUCCCCCGCCUCCCCCGCCCCCCCCCCACCUCGGGGGCUUCCCCCCGGGCUGGCCAGCCACCUCGCCCCCAGGCCAGCAGCCGCAGCAGCCCCAGCAGCAGCAGCAACGCAUGUGGACUCCUGCCCCUCCCUCCCAGCCCUCGGGCUGGCCCGCCUCAGUCUCCCAGCAAGCCACCCCCGAACAGAAGGCCAACGUGACCAUGGAGGCGGAGAGAUGAGGCCCCCGGACGCUCGGACCCCGAGAGGUCAGAGGUGGGGGAAGAGGACAUCUCCCACAUGCCUCCACCCGCCUGCCCUCCACACCCCGUGAUCGUUUCUUUCGCCCUUCCUCUCCGUCCCCACCCCCGCUCCCCUCGAGUCCCUCCUCCCGCCCCCCAGAGAGCACCAGGCAGAAGAGACGAGGCUCAGCAGCCAGCCAGAGACUUUGUCUCACACAUCUCCCCUCGCAAACACCCAUUCUGACACGGGCACUAGCGUACCUGCAUCAAGACAGGUCCAGGUUGGAUUUGGUUUGAAAUCAUUUUGAUUUGUUUUUCAGAGACUAAGUGCCCACCCUAAUGCCCUGCCCCAGAGAAGUUCCUUGGGGAAUUGACACAAUUUCAUUUCCUAAUUUUGAUUGUGCAAAUUCUCACCUGUACAACACACAGCACACACACAUACACGUACACACGUGCGCGUGAGAAACUGAAGCUCCUCCAAGGUUGCACUGAAAGUCCGAGAAGUCAAGUCGACCACUUUCCCCGAUCUGGCCCGUUACCUGAUCUGAGGCUAAUGGGAAUUGCCAGAAACAAGCCCAAAUAACUCAGGCAACAAGAAAGACGGGCUGCCUGUACCUGCCCAAGGAAGCCAGUGGUUUUCAGUUAUCUGGGCUCUCAAUCAGUUCAGAGAAUCAGCUUUCGACUGUAUAUAUUUGUCAGAGUGUCUCUUCAAAAAGCAAAAUUCGGCUUUUUCUAGGGGGGCGCCUGGAUGUUGCAUGUGAGUGACUGACUCUGGGGGUCCUUUACCCCUCCACCUACCCUUGUUCUUCUGCCAGGUCACAACCUCACCAUGCCUCAGAGGGAAUCAUGAGAAUGACUGUAACUUCCCCUGCCCCUCUUCAGCCACUCCCUGGGGACUUCUAUGGCUUCCCCAGAACAACCCCUGUGGCCCCGGGUUCAUCUUAACUGAGAGAAGGAAAGAAAAAAAAAAAACCCAUAAACUAUACUUUUGCAUUGCCUUCUAAUCCUUCCAUUUGACUUCUAUGUGGAGCAGGUGAGGGGACGGGGCCAGCUAGUUGGACAGGCGGGGAGAAUGUAAAGGCCCUCAGAGUUCUGUUGUCUCGCGAUUCUCUCGUGUCUGGCGGUUUUUGCUUUUUAAAAAAAUUUUACUACCGUUUUCACUUUUCUCCACACUUUAGGGAAUGAAAAGCUGUUUCCCCAACCGUUUUCCAGAAAUAUUGUAUUGGUUUUCAGAAGAGAGGGGUUGGAAGACCUCCCUGUCUCCUUCCUGGCCUUUGACAGGCAAGGAGGGCUAAGGGACCAGGGGUUGGCCUGCCUGCUCUUCCCCUUCACACCUCUGCCUGGAGGGAUUGAUAAUAAUAAUCAUGAUGAUAAUAA